UAGCCAGCCUCAAGGUUGAGAAAGGAGGAAGUGAGUUUUCCUAGACCAAUUCGGUUUUUGGUUUUUCUUCUUCUUUUUUUGAAUUUCGAAUUUACAAGUCUUUUUCUUUUUAAAGUUUUUUAUUUGUUCAAAUCACAAUGGGAGGAUAUUUCAACAUUGCCGGCCGUAAGGUCCCCACUCACUACCUCGUUCUCGGUGUUCUCGCCGGCUACGGACUUGUGUUCAAGGCGGCAGUUCCCAGCACCGAUAAGACCAAGGCACCCCCAAUCAAGGCAUCCAGCGAUGAGGAGAGCAAGUACAUCCAGGAGUUCCUUAAGUCCGUCGAAGCCGAAGAACAAAAUACCAAGCACUAAAUACAAUAAAGUUCAAUAGUAUUUAUGCUUUUUUCACUCUAUAACAAAUUU